CCUUACUUACCCUGUUCAAGGGAGACAGUGACCACUAACCCGUUGUCAGUUUUGAAUGUGAUGAAACAUAUACUGCAAUACUAUAAACAAAUACAAGAGACACUGUCAGAAGAGCAACGACCUCGCUUGUUUUCGCUUUUCCAGAACCCGAGUUCCAAAUGGCGCUUCAUUAAAAUUGACCGCAAAGAUAUUGAUGUUCUUUUUCAUGAAGCCAAAAUCCCAAAAGAGAAUAACGAGAGUCAAUUUUCACUUGCUGCGCAACGUUUUUUUGAUUUAUUUGAUUUUACGAAAUUGAAGAUCCACAGACAAUUUCCAAGACAGAAAGGGAAAAUGUUUCUCAAUAGUUUAUAUACGGAUGGCUAUACCUGUCGUAUCAAUUUCGCGAGAAAUAUACCUCAAGUUCCAAACGAAGAUAAAAUUGUGUCAGAGCUUAGUGACUUUAACCAGGGCGGAAUCGAUGAACACUUCAAUCCUUGUUUCUUGGACCCCAAUAGAAACAGUCGCUAUAUCGCCUAUUAUGGUGAGAAUCAAGUCAGGAAACUGUCUAGCAAAGAAUACUAUUCCAUGUCAGGAUCACCUAACCGACCAGAAAAAGAAGAUCAGUUGAAGAC